GGAUGAGAAGUGAAAGGAAAAAACAAGAAUGUCCAGUUGCCUCUUGAAAAAAAAGCACCUUUGGGACAACCAGACCUGGAUGACUCUACAGACUUUGAUUAAUUGAUUAUGUGCCAUCAAUUCGCUGUCUACUCUUCGCGAUCACACGAUAGACUUCGAACCUGUUCUUUCUCAAGGUUGGUAACGAGGUCUGAUUCCAAUUACUGGCUCCGGGCUGCACAACUCCAUACAGCUCGUAGAGCGUUGCAAUGCGUUGGAACUUGGUAAAUGGAUUUGCCGCUAUCUAGCGUUUGCGAGGACUUUUGCAACUCAUCUUCGGUAGCGCCCUACUUCUGCCGUUAAAAGUUGGUUUAGGGGGAAAAAGAAUUGACUACUUUUGGGGGGCAUGAACUUUACUGCCAAAGGAGCCAGAGCGGGCUCAAUGAAGCCUAGCCUCGAUUGAAGAUCAUAUUGUCAAGCGACUAUCUGCCAAGGAGAAUCUAUCGAAUGGAUUACGAUGUUUUUUAAUUGCAACAAAUUAAAGCCAGGCUGUUUCCGAUCUAGAUCGGAAACUUCACUUCCGAAAAUCCUGUCCGCCAAACUUUUAAAGGCAGAGGAACUCUACGCCGGAGAACAACAACAAACAACAAACAUCCAAGCAAAUAAGGUUUAAUAAACCGAAUAGUUCUGGGUAGAUCGCCAAAAGAUUAUGCCGCUAUUUUUUCUUUCCCAAACAAGCAUGUUUGAACAAGAAAAGACCCAACCCAUUUUGAAUCGAGAUUCUACAUUUCUUGAACGUGCAUUUUGAGGAGGAGGGAGGGUGGCAAGUUUUGACUCUUGUGUAUAGUAACGGAAAAGAUUAAGCAGCUCCUCUCUAAGUGGGACUUUAGUUCCCACCAUUCCCACUAUUGCUUUCAUGGCAGGGACGAUGAGAACUGCAACCCAGCCGCAUCUGGGAAUCGAGCUGAUGAAAGCAAGAUCCCUUCUACAUGAAAACCAGCGAUGUCCUCAAAGUUUUCCGCUUUCUUCAUAUUGUACUUCCGGCUCAGAAUGCGCAUGCUCCGGUUUGGGGUGGCGGAACGAGACCGCGAUAUGGCUACGCUGUGAAGUGUAAUUCAGAAAGCAAGUAGUUAUUCCUAAUGGCAAUAUCAAACUUGAUCCAGAAAUUUGGUUCCCUGCUGCUGUCUUCAAGUCAUCAUCUUCCACAGAUCUCUGCAUCUUUCCGACCGCUUUAUCUGGUUAGCCAACUUGGUGCAUCCCGUGAAAUCAGUACUUCUACCUGGGUCUUAACUAGUGAUCCUUUGUGGAAAUGCAGGACAAAGUAUACCAUUAAGCCCAUUCCCAAACCAAAGACAGGAGGUCGCGAUCACACAGGUCGUGUCCGUGUGAAUGGAAUUGGAGGAGGAAAUAAACAAUGCUACCGUAUGAUUGAUUUCCAAAGACUGCGUUAUUCAAAUGAAGCAGAGCCUAGUCCAUUUGAGGAAAAAGUGCUUUUGGUCCGAUAUGAUCCGUGUAGAUCAGGUCAUAUAGCUCUAGUGGCUGGAGACAAACGGAAACGCUGGAUCAUUGCAACUGAAAACAUGGCGGUUGGUGACAUCAUCAAAACUUCAGGAAAAAUAGAAAGGAUGGCAGUCUCUGCUAAUGAUGGGGAUGCAUAUCCAGUUGGAGCUCUACCACUUGGAACCCUCAUAAAUAACUUGGAGAGUCAUCCUGGGAAAGGAGCACAGUAUAUCCGAGCAGCAGGCACCUGUGGGGUAAUACUGAGGAAAAUGAGUGGAACAGCCAUUAUACAGUUGCCCUCCAAGAGGCAAAUACAGGUGCUGGAAACAUGCAUGGCUACAGUGGGACGAGUUUCCAAUGUUGAGCAUAACCAACGCGACCUUGGGAAAGCUGGUCGGAACCGGUGGCUGGGAAAGCGACCAGAUAGUGGCUUAUGGCAGCGGAAAGGGGGAUGGGCUGGACGCAAGAUCAGGCCCCUCCCAGCGAUAAAAAGUUAUGUGAACUUGCCAGUGCCAGCCUCAUAAGGCUGACAUUAGUAGCACUUUAGAAUUCUGUUAAAUAAAGUGUAUUUUCGCCUACAACCUGCAAAGCUGCUGUUUUUUUUCCU